AUGUCAAGUGUAGCGAAGCAACUGAAGUUCUUGAACAAAAUAAGCUCCACAACGAAGCAAGCCCAAAUUCUGCUCGAUGCCACCAAGUACUCGGGAGUCAAAUUAACAUUCCAAGUGGAAAACCAUCACGGACACAUGGGAGCCAGGAAGUUUUGGCGUGAGUACCUUCCAACACUGCAAUUCUACAACCCAAAUUUCAGGAUCGACGUAAUAAGAAUCAAGAAUGAGAACACAAAAUUCGCCGGCGUUCCCUGUACCUUAGAGAUAGUGUCCAACGAGGACAAGGUAAUCAAGCACAUCGAUAUGAGGAAUAAGACAGACGACAUAAUAAUGAAGGAAUUCCUGGAGAAAGUGGAACAUGAGCCCGUACCCGAAGAAUCUUUGGUGAAAGUUUGA